AUGGUUGCGGCAGAAUUGUGCCCCCCUAUCGUACACGCUGACACUCCACCGCCGUGCGAUGGAGAAGCACUCUCUGGUCCUGGAGCAUCUCAGGACACCGCCAUUGUGAUACCUGAGGACAGUGAUGCAGAAGACGAGGGCUACGGGGGAGAAGAUUCCCACAGUCCGCAGUCAUAUACAACAACUGCAACCAGCAUCGCAAUCCAUUUUAGCAAGUUUCUUUGUUUUGGGACUUUUCCCGGGGCAAGCCCUGACAGUCAGCACGUAGACAGCAUGGGCACCAAACAGCUCAACAGAGCCGGGUGCCGCAAUCACUAUGGAAACUACGCCACAGAGUCCCAGGUUGGAGUGGAAGGCGACGCCGUCCGGGUGUACGGCUCACAUUUGGACCUGAUCCUGAGCCAAAUGUGCAAACUCUUUGCCAUACGAACUCCACGUCUGCUGGCGAUGUCGACUUUAGCAGCCCCGCUACCAACACGAAAAGCCAGCCAUGUCAGACUAUGUUAG